AGAAAAGAAAGAGGGAAACGAGUGUGUUUGCCAUCCAUGCCAUCAGCUGCUAGCCACAGACUAUUGUGAAUAUUAUCGUAGAAUAGUUCGUUUCUUUGCUUUCGGGCAUUGUAAGGUAAGGGUGAAACACACCUGAAGUCGCCCCCCGAAGCCUGAACAUGGCGGAUAAAGAAGUGUACGACGAUGCGGUGGAGGAACGGGUCAUCAACGAGGAGUACAAGAUCUGGAAGAAGAACACUCCUUUCCUCUACGACCUGGUCAUGACACACGCACUGGAAUGGCCCAGUCUCACGGUGCAGUGGCUACCAGACGUCAACCGGCCUGAGGGGAAGGACUAUGCGGUCCACAGGCUGGUUCUGGGCACACACACAUCGGACGAACAGAACCACUUGGUCAUCGCCAGCGUGCAGGUGCCCAACGACGACGCCCAGUUUGACGCCUCCCACUACGACAGCGAGAAAGGAGCAGAGUUUGGAGGCUUCGGCUCGGUGAGCGGGAAGAUAGAGAUCGAGAUCAAGAUCAACCACGAGGGCGAGGUGAACCGGGCCCGCUACAUGCCCCAGAACCCCUGCAUCAUCGCCACCAAGACCCCCACCUCGGACGUGCUGGUGUUUGACUACACCAAGCACCCCUCCAAACCUGACCCCAGUGGAGAGUGCAGCCCAGACCUGAGGCUUCGAGGCCACCAGAAGGAAGGCUACGGCCUCUCCUGGAACCCCAACCUCAGUGGCAACCUGCUCAGCGCCUCUGACGACCAUACCAUCUGCCUGUGGGACAUCGGGGCGGGGCCCAAGGAGGGCAAGAUCGUGGACGCCAAGACCAUCUUCACGGGCCACACGGCCGUGGUGGAGGACGUGUCCUGGCACCUGCUGCACGAGUCCCUGUUUGGCUCGGUGGCCGACGACCAGAAGCUCAUGAUCUGGGACACCCGCUCCAACAACACCUCCAAGCCCAGCCACGCAGUGGAUGCCCAUACUGCAGAGGUCAACUGCCUGUCCUUCAACCCCUACAGCGAGUUCAUCCUGGCCACUGGCUCGGCUGACAAGACCGUGGCUCUGUGGGAUCUGAGGAACCUCAAGCUGAAGCUCCACUCCUUCGAGUCCCACAAGGACGAGAUCUUCCAGCAGGUGCAAUGGUCGCCUCACAACGAGACCAUUCUGGCCUCCAGUGGUACCGACCGCAGACUCAACGUGUGGGACCUCAGUAAAAUUGGAGAGGAGCAAUCUGCUGAGGACGCAGAGGACGGGCCGCCAGAACUUUUGUUCAUCCACGGAGGCCACACGGCCAAGAUCUCCGACUUCUCCUGGAACCCCAACGAGCCCUGGGUCAUCUGCUCCGUCUCCGAGGACAACAUCAUGCAGGUUUGGCAGAUGGCUGAGAACAUCUACAAUGAUGAAGAGCCAGACACUCCUGCUUCAGAGCUGGAGGGACAGGGCUCGUAACCCCCCACCACCACCACUCAAGCCCUUGGUCCUGGGCACAACUCCCCCCUCCCCCAUGCAUCUCUUCACCUGAACAGAGGAAGAACAUGUGUAGGAACGCUCCCCCCCCCCCCCCAGGACCGGGCAUGGAUCGAAUGGAUGGCUCAAAGGGUUCAGCCGACCGAAGCUUCUGCCAUCCAGCUCGCCUGUGUUCUUCUCUGAUCUACAAGUGUCAAGGGGAAAGAGGACACUGGUUGGCACAAAUUCCCCCUAGUGUGUCUAUUAAAUGAAAUAUAGUUUGGACCUUUUUUUAGAUCUGCAUCAGGUUGACUGUCGUUCCCCCUUCUGUACAGUAUGCCCCCAUGGUUAGCCUCCGUCGUUACCUGACAUCGAAGAUCGUUUUGUUUUUUUAUAUCAAUGAGGUUCUCUGACGAAAUCAGCCCUAAUGAGCAGGUACACUUGAAGCUCAACAUCUGAACAGGUCUGUAGUAAGAGGGUUGUCCUAAUCCGAGGAGACAAUCUCAUAAGUGGAUCCUCCCGUCUCCUUCAACCGAUGUACUUGUGUAACAGGGGCCCUCCUUCACCCUGCUCAGUGGUCAAACCGUGAUCCACAUGGCCCGUGUCUCUGGUGUUGUAACCGCGGCAACUCCGCAACAUUCUCAUCCUCCUUGGGUUCCUUUGUUUUGUGUAUGAACGUGACCCGACGUGUACUUGCAAUAAAGCAUUUUUGUAACUUUUA